GUUAAUCACUGAAUCUGCGCACGUCCCGCAUAUUCAUCUGUUGCUCUUCUCAGUUCGGUUCCGCUUCAGGGCAGUUUUUGGGUCUCCUGGACACAGACAUCCUGCCAAUUAAUCCUCCAAUACCUCAUUAAACAUCCCAGAAGGAGUAGAAAUGUCCAGCACUGCGGGAAAAGUUAUCAAGUGUCGUGCUGCGGUGGCAUGGAAGGAGAAGCAACCACUGACCAUUGAGGAGAUUGAAGUGGAUCCCCCGAAGGCUCAUGAGGUGCGCAUUAAGAUCCUGGCAACGGGAGUCUGCCACACGGAUGCCUACACUUUGGGCGGAUUUGAUUCUGAGGGCGUUUUCCCCGUUAUCCUGGGUCAUGAGGGAGCAGGAAUCGUGGAGAGUGUCGGUGAGGGUGUGACGGGAUUCAAGGAGGGCGAUCACGUCAUCCCGCUGUACAUUCCGCAGUGCAAUGAAUGCAAAUUCUGCAAAUCCGGCAAAACCAAUCUCUGCCAGAAGAUUCGUGUCACGCAGGGUCGUGGGGUGAUGCCGGAUGGUACAAGCCGCUUCCGGUGUCGCGGUGAGACGGUGUUCCAUUUUAUGGGCACUUCCACCUUCUCCGAGUACACCGUCGUGGCGGACGUCUCGUUGUGCCGCAUCGAUCGUGCGGCGCCCCUUGAGAAGGUCUGCCUGCUUGGUUGUGGCAUCCCCACUGGGUAUGGGGCUGCCCUGAAUACGGCCAAAGUGGAACCCGGCACGACGUGCGUCAUCUUCGGCCUCGGCUGCGUCGGGCUAGCUGCUGCGAUGGGAUGCAAAAAGGCCGGCGCCACGCGUAUCAUUGGCGUCGAUCUAAAUCCCGGCAAAUUCGACGUUGGCCGCACAUUCGGGUGCACUGAAUUCGUGAAUCCCAAAGAUCACACGCGCCCCAUUCAGGAAGUUCUCGUUGAACUCACAGAUGGCGGUGCUGAUUACACGUUUGAGUGCAUUGGGAAUGUCGCGACGAUGCGUGCCGCCCUGGAGGCUUGCUGCAAAGGUUGGGGCACUUCGGUGAUUAUUGGCGUCGCAGCGGCCGGGCAGGAGAUCAGCACGAAGCCCUUCUACCUCGUAACGGGCCGCUCGUGGAAGGGAAGCGCCUUCGGGGGAUGGAAGAGCAUUGACAGUGUGCCAAUGCUCGUUGGGGAGUACCUCAACAAAGAGCUCCUCAUUGAUGAAUUCGUCACGCACACCAUGUCCUUGGACAAGAUCAACGAGGCAUUUGACCUCAUGCACGAGGGCAAGAGCAUCAGGAGUGUCGUCAAUUUCUAAAAUUCUUUCUUUUUUUGUAACUGAUGAGAUUCUUUUUUUUUUGGAAAAUAUACUCUGGCAUUUAACUGAA